AUGGCUUUGGCUGCAUUGGGCCGAAAGCACUAUGUCUCCCAGAGUGCUCUGGAGGCAGUGUUGAAGGAACUGAAGGAAACCCCUCUUCCGGAUGCUGGGUCCAGAAGAACUAUCAAGCGGGCCAGGGAUGAGCACAUCGACAUGCAAACUCCUCACGGUUCGUUGAUCACACAUAUCGCCGUGAAGUUGCAAAAGGACGAGUCUCAGGUGAAUCUGCCAGUGUUGAAUCUGCCUGCUUUUUUGUGGCAUUUGUGCAACGACCUUCCCCAGUUCGCAACCUUCUUCCAGAAGAGGAUGCACGUGCACCCGAAUGGGCCAGAUCGUGCAUGGACCAUGACACUCUAUUCGGACGAGAUAAGUCCUGGCAACCAACUCAAAGUUUCCAAUAGCAGGAAAAUACACGGGUUCUAUGUGACCUUUGACCAGUUUGGCGCCGAAGCAAGGUCCCGGGAAAGCUUCUGGUUUUGCUUGUCCCUGGCAAGGAGUUCUGUGGUGAACCAGCUGCUAGGAGGACUUUCAGGCCUCACCCACGACCUGAUCAGUUCAGGCCCUGUGAAAGCUCUGAGCACUGGCUGCAUGUUGACGAUGCCCGAUGGGCAGAGAUGCAUGUUUUUCGCAAAGUUGGGAACUAUGCUGGGCGACGAAUCAGCUCUGAAGUUUGUUUUUAUCGGGGACCCUGCCGUGUCCCCUGUGCUCCAACAUCAUCAGCAGAAUCAGAGCAUAUCCUGCACGGAUCCGAACGAUUUCGUCCUCCGGGCAGAUGCUGAAAUCUUUCGGGCACACGAGCUACUGGAAAGGCGGCAGGCGACGUUGUCGAAGAAGGAUUAUACUCGAUUGGAACAAUCCUUGGGUCUCAACUGCAACCCCAAUGGAGUCCUGCAUUAUCGGUCCAUGCCACUCGUGCAGUCGUUAAUGUUUGACUGGAUGCACGUGUUUCUCGUGACGGGCCUGGGGCAAACAGAAAUGGGCUUAUUGCUGCCCCUGUUGUACAGUGCCGGUCAUUCGGCGGAGACUUUGUUGGCUUACAUGAUGCAGAUCCAAUGGCCCCAGAACCUUCGUGGUAGAAUCAAUGAGACAUUGCAGCUUUUCAAAAAGAAAACCUCGCCGAACGAGUUCAAGUCGUCAGCCUCGCAAGGGCUCAAUGCCUAUCCUUUGGUGCGGAUGUUUCUGCUGAGCUUGGAUGUGUCUAGCAUGAACGAUGCACUCAAGUUGGCCGUCAAGUCUUUCUUGAAGUUGUGCAUUGUCUUGGACAUUCUUUUGUCCAUCAAUCGUGGCGAAAGUGAUGCCAGUCGUGGUUUGGAAGGAGCCAUACACCAGCAUUGCCAAGCCUUCAAAACAGCACACGGCGAAGACCACAUCACUCCGAAGUUCCACUAUGCCCAACACUUGGGCAGCAUGGCUGCAACCAAGGACCUCGUGUCGUGCUUUACGCACGAGAGGAAACACAAGGAGGUAAAAAACUUUGCAGACCACAUCAAAAACCCUACCAAGGGUUUCGAGGAUGCCAUCAUGAAGGAUGUGCUCGGCCGGUUCCUCUUAGCAAUGGAAGGCAGCACCGGACUUGUGCAGCCGCAUUUGAUCUCCCCCAAGCCUGCGAGCCCUCUUCUCAUGGCGAGUUUGGUGAGUGCUUUCGGGGCCGAGUCCGUGGGCCAAGCUCAGGGGGCUUUUGCAGCUCAGGUUUCACCUGGCUGCAUUGUGCACAAAGCUGACUUUGUUAAGCUGAAGUCCGGUGAUGUAGCCGAAGUGUGGUUGCAUGCACGACUCGGCUCCGGCGACCUUGUCACUUUGCUGCAGCCGUUUGCUGGGCUUGGUCGAAACAUGUACCAGCAGAAUGCGGAGGGGGCUCGUUUCGUGGCCUCAUCGGGCAUUCAGUCUGCAUGCCUGUAUGUGCCCGAAGGCCCUGGCAGAGUCAGGGUUGUGCCUUGA